AUGACAUCCGCUGAGAGAUUGGUUAUUGGGGUCGGGGUUCUGGGGGUGUUUGUUAUUGCUGUAUGCAGUGUCCCAGCAGUAUGGGGUCUCUGGGUGAGGGUUGCGAAGACGGCGCGGUAUGGGCCGAUUCGCUUGGAGGAUUCGUCGGAGCCGGCACACACGGAGUAUAUCGAUGAAGAUGGAGAGGCGACGGAGUAUUCAGUGGCCGAGUUUGAGAAGGCAGAGAAGUGGCAGAAAUGGGGUAUUGUCUUGCUCUCUUUCACCGGGUUCGGGGUAUCGUUGGCACAGGCAGUUGUGGCUACUUGUAUACCAGAGCAGGAGAAGAGACACUUUAUCGCGCCGUCGUGGGUGCAGAUGGUUGGAUGGACUGUGAUGUGCCUUCAACCGGUCUCGAUACUCUCGGAAAAGUCGUGUGUGAAACGAUAUUACCUCGGGAUUUAUUCUUUCUGGACCAGCUUCCUUUCUCUCCUAGUUAUAGCUUCUCAAGUCGUAAUUCUCUGGAGUAAUGGGUACCAAAUCGACAUCAGCCACGCCUUUACGGCACUCUUCUCGACCCAAAUCCUCGUCGCCAGUCUCCGGGCAGUGGUCUGCAUUCUCAUUCCCCGACGGCCAACUGUCUAUUUCGAAGGCCGAGAAGUCGACCAAGAGUUUAAUGUCAGUGCGUAUAACCGCUUCACCUACGGCUGGGCCACGAGCAUUCUUCACUUUGCAUCUCGGAAUAAGGGACUGGGUGUCGAAGACCUGCCCAAACUACCAUUCGCUGCUAGAGCAGAGACCGUGCGUAGACGACUAGCACAGUUUCAGGGGGCCCGUAAGCUCUGGGUUGCAUUGGCAGUUCGACAUGCCCGGGCCCUUAUAGUCCAAGGCCUUCUAAGCCUCGUGGUCUGUGUCCUUGGUUUCGGUCCGCAGGUGGCUCUUUUCAAGAUUCUCAAGACACUCGAAGACGACUCUGUUCUUUCUAAGCACUCUCCGGAGGCCUGGAUGUGGGUUGGUGGACUUGGGAUGUUCCUGGCGCUGACGUCGAGUAUCGAGUCGUGGCUUUGGUGGCUGAUUUAUUCAGACCUCUGGAUUCCGAUCUACGAGGGUCUCUCAGGACUAGUAUUUGCCAAGUCUAUGCGGUGCAAGGAUAUCAAUUCUCCCAAGGCGAAAUCCACACACGAUCUGGAAGACUGGGAGGACGAAGACGAAGAAGAAGAAGGAGAAGAGCAGGAGAGGAACCGUCAGAGCAUUAUCAACCUUGCGGCUGUGGACUCGAAGCGCAUAGCUGACUUCGUCACAUUCUGCUAUCUCAUCCCUUCUUGCGUCCUUCGGUUGGCGAUCUCUGGUUUCUUUCUUGUGAGCCUCAUCGGCUGGCCGAGUCUGUUGGCUGGGAUUGGAGGGGCGAUUCUACUCACACCAGUCAAUUCAUGGCUCACUAGACGAUACGCUGCAGCCCAGGAGGAGUUUAUGAAAGCCAGCGAUAAGCGAACCAGUGCCGUAACUGAAGUAUUGCAGGGAAUCCGGCAGAUCAAGUUCGGUGCCCUGGAGCAGCAGUGGCAGGACCGGAUCAAGGAGAAACGCAAGCUUGAGCUGAAUCUCCUGUGGAGGACAUCGGUGUAUACAACGGGCAUGGUAUCUGUGUGGAUCAUGGGGCCGUUGCUUCUCUCUGCUGUUUCCUUGACGGUUUAUGCCGUUACUCGAGGAGAACUCUCUCCUUCUGUCGCUUUCACGGCUUUAUCCAUCUUUGGCUCACUCGAGUCGUCUCUCGCCAGUCUACCGGAUCUCCUCUCCAAAGCAAUGGAAGCAAAGGUCAGUACUGACCGCAUCGACAGCUAUCUCUCCUCGCCAGAGAAGGUCUCGAAUACAGCGGACGUCGACACGAUCACGUUCAAAAACGCAACAGUUGCCUGGCCAUCUGAAGACGCCCAAGAGGACACCUGGGAAGGCGAUCGCUUCGUCCUCCGACACGUCUCCCUGCAAUUCCCUUCCAAAGGACUGACCGCAAUCGUGGGCAAAACAGGAUCUGGCAAGAGUCUUCUUCUCGCCUCGAUCUUAGGCGAAUGCGAUGUCCUGUCUGGAUCAGUGGAAGUCCCUCGCGCACCACCGCUAUCGCAACGAUUCGACCACCUGGCGACACGAGCGAACUGGAUCCUCGACACAGCGAUCGCCUACGUAGCACAGAACCCAUGGAUGGAGAACGCGACAAUCAAAGAGAACAUCCUAUUCGGUCUACCGUACGACCGACAGCGGUACCGCCAGACACUCUUCGCCUCCGGCUUGGAAAAAGACAUGACGAUGCUGCCGGAGGGCGAUCUUACAGAUAUCGGAGCAAAUGGAAUCAACCUGAGUGGUGGGCAACGAUGGCGUAUCUCUUUUGCUAGAGCACUGUAUUCUCGCGCUGGAAUUUUGAUUAUGGAUGAUAUCUUCAGCGCGCUGGACGCGGAGACUGGACGACAUGUCUACGAACAUGCACUCACUGGAGAGCUGGGACAGGGCCGGACGAGGAUACUGGUCACUCACCAUGCGGGACUGUGUCUUCCGCGUACUGACUAUUGUGUUAUACUUGAAAAUGGCUUCGUCAAUCACGCCGGCACCGUCGAGCAGCUUCAAGCCUCUGGGGAACUGGCGGAUCUUAUGGUAAAGGUCGAUAACCGCGAGCAAAACGAACAGCCCGCUCAAGAGGUUCCUAAGAGGAAGCGCUCUUCCGCUGCUAGUGGUGGGCGACGGUCGUCUGUGUUCAGUAUGCAGACGAUCAAGAAGUUUAUGCAAGAGGAGACGCGAGAGACUGGCUCGAUCUCUUUGAAGGUAUAUGGGGCGUACAUGAACAGGGGCAAUCGUCUGUGGUGGUGGAUCCUGGCGUUCCUGGCAUACGCGGCUUUUACGACGCUUCUCAUCGGCAGGUCCUGGUGGGUGAGUGUGUGGACUUCCAGUACGAGCGAUCAGCCCAAACCGGCAAGCCCUAUCAACAUCAACAGUGACCUCAUGUACUAUCUCACUGUCUACGUGGGUAUCUCCGUUGCUGCAUGUCUGGUCGGCACACUGCGAUGUCUGGCCCUUGCUAUCGCCUUUAUCAAGUCAUCACGCCAACUCUUCGACGACCUCCUGGCCACGGUCCUUCGCGCUCCCCUCCGCUGGCUCGACACUGUGCCUCUAGGCCGCAUCCUCAACCGCUUUACCUCGGAUAUUUAUCUCCUCGAUUGGCGUCUGGGCUACGACAUCGGGCAUCUAAGCUAUAAAGCGCUCGAGCUGCUCGGCAUUCUGGUGGCAGGGACAACCGUAUCGCCCUGGCUGCUGCUUCUCGCCUGCGUGCUACUCGCCCUCUGCGUCCGUCUAUGCCAGGACUAUCUCGGUGCCGUCCGCGAAGUUAAACGCCUCGAGAGUACCGCAAAAAGCCCUGUGAUGGAGAAAUUCGGCUCCAGCCUGUCCGGCCUCGCCACGAUCCGCGCCUUCAACAAAGCAGACACCUACAUCCAGGAGAUGUAUAGCCUGAUUAACAACCACGCCCAGGCAUCCUGGUAUCUCUGGCUCUUCAACCGCUGGCUCGGAUUCUGGAUGGCACUUGUCGGCGCGCUCUUCUCUACAAUGACCGCCGCGCUGGUCGUGUAUAUGCCUGGUGCCUCUGCCGCACUGGCUGGAUUUGCUAUGAGUUUUGCCUUGCAAUAUAACUACGCCGUCGCAAUGGGUCUUCGGUUUUAUGCGAAUGUUGAAAUCGAUAUGAACGCCACCGAACGGGUUCUUGAGUACACCAACAUCGAAACCGAGAGUCAAGACGGAUACAACCCGCCAGCAUCCUGGCCAACUCGCGGGAAAAUCGAAGUCGAGGACCUUGAAGUUGGCUACGCUCCUGACCUCCCGGCCGUCCUAAACGGAGUCAGCUUCACAGUUGACAAUAACCAGCGCGUCGGCGUGGUAGGUCGCACAGGUGCAGGGAAGUCCUCACUAACCCUAGCCCUCUUCCGCUUCCUCGAGUCACGACGAGGCCGAAUUAUCAUCGACGGCCUCGAUAUCUCUCAACUCAAACUACAAGAGCUCCGCAGUCGACUGGCAAUUAUCCCUCAAGACCCGAUCCUAUUCUCCGGAACGAUCCGGUCGAACCUGGACCCGUUCAACGAACACAGUGAUCUAGAGCUGUAUAACGCGUUAGAGCGCGUCCAUCUCCUGCAUUUCGAGGAUACAUCGACUCUUGCCUCACAGCUGAGCUCGUCCUCUCAGAGCUCGCUCCAGAGUCCGAGUCUGACGAGGUGCAAUGAUCUAUUAAGCGGGAGCAGCACAUUAGCUUCCUCGUCCUCGUCCACUGCACCGCCUAAACCAACUGGUUUCUUUGCGUCGCUUUCCUCGCCUAUCACGUCUGGCGGGUUGAAUCUCUCCCACGGCCAACGACAGCUCCUGUGUCUGGCUCGUGCUAUUAUCUCGAGACCGAAGAUUAUGGUGCUGGACGAGGCGACGUCGGCUGUGGAUAUGGAAACCGACGCACUGAUUCAACAGUCGAUCCGGAGCGAGUUCGGGCGGAGUGAUUCGAGUUUACUGGUUAUCGCGCAUCGACUCAGUACGAUCGCGGACUUUGAUCGGAUUCUUGUGCUUGAUGCUGGGAAGGUUGUUGAAUGGGGUGCUCCCAGGGAGCUUUUAGAGAUUGAAGGGGGUGUUUUUAGGGGGUUGGUUGAGAAGAGUGGUGAGAAGGCAGCUGUGGAAAGGGUUAUUCUUGGUGACAGGGUGAAUAAGAAUUGA